AUUGUUUGUUUACAUUUUUGUCUGUUAAAAGAGCUAUAUUAAUUCUUAAAAUCCACCUUUUCUUCCCAUUUUUUGGGCUCUAAAUUUCUCUGCAGUGAAACUGAACGAUUUUUUCGGUUCAUAAUAUAGUAGUUAGUUAAAAUUACUAAAUUGAUCUGUCUGUUGAUACAUCCUAUUUGCCACCGUUUUUCUCUGUUCGCUCUCAGGAAGUUCGGAGCUUGUUUGUUGCGGAUUUUGUUGCUAAUGCCCAUGAAUCAGAGACAGUACCUCUAGAUGCUCUUUCAGUAUGAAUUUAGAACUUCUCGAAUCGUUUGGGCAAAACUACCCAGAGGAAUUUGAUGGAAUUCUAGACAGUAGUUCCCUAGCAGUAACUUGUGCUUUCAACAAACGUGGUACUCUUCUUGCAGUUGGGUGUAAUGAUGGUCGUAUCGUCAUUUGGGAUUUUUUAACACGAGGCAUCGCCAAAAUUAUUAGCUCUCACAUACAUCCUGUCUGCUCAAUACAUUGGUCACGAGAUGGACACAAAAUACUAAGUGCCUCAACAGACAAUAAUGUUUGCAUCUGGGAUGUUCUCUCUGGAGAGUGUGAGUUAAAAUACCGCUUUCCAUCACCUAUACUGAAAGUUCAGUUCCAUCCUCGAAAUGACCGUAUGUUUCUUGUAUGUCCAAUGAGGCAUGCUGCUGUCUUGGUCGACUCGGAUGGCGAUCAUCAAAUUGUUCCUCUGGAUGAAGAUUCGGAUUUAACUAUAGUUGCAUCGUUUGAUCGUCGUGGGCAGUACGUUUACACUGGUAAUGCUCGUGGGAAGAUCCUCAUUUUAUCUGUCCCUCAGUUAGAGUUAAAAGCAUCUUUCCGGGUGACUGCUAGCACAAGCGCAGUCAAAAGUAUAGAAUUCGCACGCCGCGGCGAUUGUUUUUUAGUCAACUCAGGUGAUAGAAUUAUUCGGGUGUACAAUAGUCAAGAAGUAUUAACUUCCGGGAAAGAUGGUGAACCAGAAUUCAUUCAGAAACUGCAAGAUCUCGUCAAUAAAACAACUUGGAAAAAGUGCUGUUUUUCCGGUGAUGGAGAGUAUGUGUGCGCAGGGUCUGCAAGGCAGCAUGCAUUGUAUAUUUGGGAGAAAGCAACCGGUAAUCUUGUAAAGAUACUUCAUGGGACAAAAGGAGAGCUUUUACUUGACGUCGUCUGGCAUCCUGUACGCCCCAUUAUUACGAGUAUAUCAAGUGGGAUCGUAUCUGUUUGGGCACAAAAUCAGGUAGAAAACUGGUCAGCAUUUGCCCCGGAUUUUAAAGAAUUAGAUGAAAAUGUUGAAUAUGAAGAGCGCGAGUCAGAGUUUGAUGUCAGCGAUGAAGACAAAUCGGUGACUGAAGGCCCAGAGAAACAUGAUGAAGAUUUAGAGGUUGAUGUCACAACUGUAGAACCAGUGGCCAUGUUAUGUAGCUCAGACGAAGAGGCCAGUGAUGAAAAUAACGCUCUCAUGUUCUUACCCAUUGCCCCGGAGGUAGAAGACCCAGAAGAGACCCCAUCCAUCGUACCCCAACCUGGAGCCUCGACUCAUCCUAAUCCACCAAAAAAGGCUAAAUUCCGCUCAUUUGACAUCCAGCUUCAAGGAGGUGCUGUAGACGAGCCUCACCCACUUCUUAGUAAUCGUAGCAUAGAGAAACAAGCAUCCGGUGGAAAAAAAGGUUUGGGGAAACGCUUUGCCAAAUGAUAAUGGUCAUGAUCAAGACAUUGCAUCGAUCCUAUGAAAAAAAAAAUAAAUGAAAAUAAAAAAUUGUACCUGAAUGUUAUCACAUGAGCAUGGUUCGCAUCACGGAUCAUGAUAUACCUUCCUAGAGAGGUGUCAGCAGCAAAACAUCAAUCAAAACGGUUUAACCCAAAGAGCCAAUCAUAUUCGAUUCUUGUGUCCUUUUAUAUCACAUAUCAGCAUAGAACAAUGAGGCCACACCAAUAGAAGGAAUACGUUUAUGGAAUCAGAGUGAUAUUCUUUAAAUAUGGCAACUAUGUGUUGAGCUGGCCAGGUUUGUUUCGAUCCUGUUGCCAGCUAGUGCCAAUCUUGGUCCACAGUUCGACAGGCAGGAUCAAAACAAGCUUUGUCAGUUUGGACAAUCAUUGCCAAAUGUAUGCAAUUUAGCUUUAAGGCAGCAAGUGUGUUCAGUCUAUUGGUGUCGCCGCAUUAUGGUGUCAAGUAUCAAUCUCCUCCUGAUACCAUCGUCGUGUGUAUCAAAGCAAUGCAAUGUAUGGUAAGCUGAUGACGCCUUUCUACAAACUAUAUUUUGUAGGAUGUAAAAAGCUAGAUUUUAAUAAAUUUUUUAACUUUUUCAAAA